AUGUUUAUCAUUGAAACCGAAGAAGAACGCAUUGCGAGGGCGUGUGUGCAGAGACGUCGCAAUGAAGAGGCUGAAAGAAGGGAGCGGAUCUUUAAUGACAAAUACAGGAUCAUUGGAGUUGACAAGGAAGCUCUGGACAUGCAAGUGGAAGAGAAGAAGAAACUAAAAGAGGCAGAACAAGAGAAACAAAAGGUUCAUGAUGCUGAAAGGCUCCAUAAUAACAAAGUAGCUUGCAUUCUCCAACACAAGGAGGAGAAGAAUAGGCGCACCCUGCAAAUAGAACUCGUGAACUUCCAGCAGCACCAUCAGCCUCGGAGCCCGCCGGAGUUCAGCCUGUUCGACACAGCCCACAUUAAAGAACCAGGAUUGAUGCCUCCUGUACUUUUGGGUGAAGACACAGAGAUUAAGAACAGAUUGAAGAGGCAGAAGGAGCAGUUCAGAGAGUGGAGCAAACAGCAGCAGAGCGAACGGGUGACAGAGAGGCACCAGCAGACGCUAGAAAAGCUCCUUAACGAUCAGAAGAGAGUAGAGAUGGACAACAGAGCUCUGCAGCUUCAGAGCCUGGACAUGGAGAGGAGUAGGGCAGAAGCCGUUGCCACUACAGAGUUCAACCUGGCCAAGAUUGAAGAGAAGCGCUAUCAGCAAAUUUGUGAUGGCGCCAACAAAGGUCGGGAUAUCAAUAUUGCCCUGGGCAGGUGGGGAGUACCUGGUCUGUAUCCAAGCCUUGAUCUGAAAGCACCCCCACAGACGCUGCAGCAGGUCCUCCAGUUCCAGAGAAGCCAAAUAGAGGAGAAAAAGAGGAUCGAAUUAGACAACAAGCGAGAGGACAUGCAACACGAUCGUGUUCGCUUGGCCUCUGCUCGCUCGGCUCUGCUAAUAGAGAGGAAGCAGGUGAAACUGAGCAAGGAGAUAAGACGAAACCAGGAGAGUAGCAACUUCCAACAGGCCGAACUACAGAGACAACAGAAACUGGACCUGGAAAGAGGAAGCAACCUGGAACGCUUCUUCAAUUUCAACACCUGCAGCAGAUAA